AUGGCAGAGUUUGCUACUGGAAUGAGACAGAUUCGAAAAACUAUCAAAAAGUCUGCCGAAGAUAUUGCAUACAUGUCCUCGAAAGGAGGUUUCAACAACGAUCAAGUCAAAACUACAAUGAUAGAUACAUAUGUAGAAAUGGUCGAAGAAAUGCAGAAAUUGGACAAAGAAGGACAAAAAUUGGAGGAAAUCAUCGAGGUGUUGAUCAAUGAUCUGAAAGAUUUGGAUGAUGAUGAUGAUGUUCCAACUCGCUCGCGAUAUGAUCAACUCUACAAGGAGGUGGCAAAAGGCAAGAAAAAUGUGGCCGGUGAUAAACAAUUCUUCAAAGAUAUUCUUCGCGGUAUCCGAAAUGAGGAUGACGAAACAGAGGAUGGUGAAGAAAUGGAGGUUAUGCAAGUUCAACACAGCAGAAAAGAUCCAAUUUCGAAAAAAGAUAUUGUGAAUCCCGUAAUCAACGAGGCAUGCAGCCAUGUCUACGAUCGUGAUUCAAUUUACGAAUUCGCUGGAAAGAAGCGUUCAAUCAAAUGUGCGAUGCAAGGUUGUUCUGAAACUAUCACUUUGUCUAAACUCAUCAACUACCCCGAAUACUGGAACAAUAUAAAGCAACAGCAAUAA